AUGGCGACCGAUGUGGCCUUCGAUACCUCUAUGGGUUCGUUCACCGUCGAACUCUACAAUGAACAUGCGCCAAAGACUUGCAAGAACUUUGCGACUCUCGCUCAGCGAGGCUACUACAACAACGUCAUCUUCCAUCGCAUCAUCCCGAACUUCAUGGUACAGACUGGCGAUCCCACUGGAACCGGUCGCGGAGGCAGCUCGAUCUACGGCGAAAAGUUCGAGGACGAGAUUCAUACGGGAUUGAAGCAUACUGGGGCCGGGGUUCUGAGCAUGGCGAACAGUGGUCCUAACACGAACGGCAGCCAGUUCUUCAUCACACUCGCGCCCACGCCGUGGUUGGAUGGCAAGCACACAAUUUUUGGCAGAGUAAAGAGCGGCAUGAGAGUGAUACAGCGCAUGGGUCUCGUCAAGACAAAUGCGGAGGAUAGGCCUAUGGAUGAAGUGAAGAUCAUCCGGGCUAGGGUCGUGGAGGAGGGUGCAGAGGAGUGA